AUGGCCUAUGUUGCACCUCCAGGAGCCCCAGAUAUGCCAGCACCUCCAGAGCCACCACAGGCACAACAAGCUGAGAUACCUACAGAGAUCAUACCAACUGCCCCUGCAACACCUUCUACAGUGCCCAUGCCUGAGGCUACAUCUUCUGCUCAUCCUACCACUCUUGAAGCCCCACCAGUUGUACCAGCUACAUCAGCACCUCCUCCAUCUGAGUCCUUUAUCACCAUAUCCACUUUAGAGUUUAGAGACCUAUGUCAUACAUUGCAGACAUUGAGCACCACUCAAGGUGUUCUCUUCCAGCAGAUGGAGAUACAACAGCAUUUGGGUAUUUUGCCACAACCUGAGCAUGAUAUGACUGGCCCAUCAAAGCCUACAGCUCCAUCUGAGGAGGCUACUCCAGCUAAGCAAGCUAUUCCAUCUGAGGAGGCUACUCCAGCUGAGCAAGCUAUUCCAUUUGAGGAGGCUACUCCAAUAGAGCAAACUAUGCCUCAUGAGGAGACUACUACAACAGAGGUCGAGACUCUUAUCUAG